GAAGUUUUGCUUAGAUCAUUACUGACUUCUAUAUAAAGCCAUCAUCCAGCACUGAGUCGCCAAAAAACAUUUUCACUUUCAAUCAGUGACAAGUGCAUUUCAAAACUUCGCAAAAAUGUUCAAAAUCUUCUUCUUGUUGUUCGCCGCCUUGGUUGCCUUGGCCACCGCUGUUCCAGCUCCUGCUCCCGUGGCUCGUCCUGAACCAGCACCCGUACCACAAUUCUAUUACGGUGGCUACCCUGCUGCCUAUGGUGGUUAUCCCGCUGCCUACUAUGGUUAAAGAAAAUUAAAGGUUGGAAACGGACUCCAUUGGAAGGAUUAUCUUGAAAACUCUUUUCUUUCAGAAAUUCGUUUAAAAUUUAAUCAAAUAAAAAUUUGAAUUGCAACGAAA